UUUGUGUGGUCACACGACCGGCUAUAUUUCCGGGAGAGAAGUUGACUGGGCUGUCGGCGUCAGAAAUUUAUUUAUUUUUGUUGCACCCCAACCAUCAAAAUGGCUUUGAGCGACGCAGAUGUACAAAAGCAGAUCAAGCACAUGAUGGCCUUCAUAGAGCAGGAGGCCAAUGAGAAGGCUGACGAGAUUGACGCCAAGGCUGAAGAAGAGUUCAACAUAGAGAAGGGUCGUCUAGUGCAGCAGCAGCGUGUCAAGAUCAUGGAGCUGUACGAGAGGAAGGAGAAGCAGGUGGAGCUACACAAGAAGAUUCAGAUGUCCAACUUGCUGAACCAGGCCAGACUGAGGGUGCUGAAGGCCAGGGAAGACCACAUCAAGGUCCUGCUUGAGGACUGCUCCAAGCGACUGGAGACAGGGCGUGUAACUGAAGACAAGGCCAAGUACCAGAAGGUGUUGGAAGGGCUGAUCUCACAGGGUCUGUACCAGCUCCUGGAGACAAACGUCACCAUCAGAUGUAGGGAGGUGGAUCGCGACAUUGUCCAGGCUGCUAUUCCUUCUGCGGUGGACAGCUACAAGACAGCUACAAAAGGCAGGGACGUGAAGGUGACAGUAGACACGGACAACUACUUGCCGUCAGACAUUGCUGGAGGGGUGGAGCUUGUUUCACAGUCCAAGUUCAAGGUGGAGAAUACACUUGACAGCCGACUGGAUCUCAUCAGUCAACAGAUGCUGCCUGAACUACGAGAGAUCCUGUUCGGGAAGAACCCCAACCGUCGCUUUAUGGACUAAACGUCAUGGAUUUCACCUCAGCAUAUCAACAUUCCAUGUGACAGAGCGAACAAACUGAAUCUUCAUUACUUAAUGUAGCCAUAGAAUAAAGCACUAGUAAUAAUCCAGGUUAGCAAGUAUGGCUAGGGUUAGCUCCCUUGUUUGGGUUAAUUAUCUCCCCUUGAACACAUGUAAAUCCAUAAUCACAGUGCUCAGACCUUUUCUGUCUCUGUCAAGUAUAUCUAGUCUUUUUAUAAAAUCAAUUUCUGAAGAAUGAAUGGUAUUGUUGUUUGGAUGUGGUGUUUAUUAUUGGAGAGAGUAGACAGUCCCAAAAUACUACGUUUAUUGAUGGUGCUUGAAUUGAAUUCUGGAAUGUUUAUGUCUAUUUAUCUGAUAUUUCAUCUUUUAUGUCCAAAUACAACAAAUGAGUAGAAUAUUGUGUACAUAUAUAUUUUCCCUGAAUAUGUUUCUCUUUUUUUUAAAUUUUGAAAAUAGCUAGGUGUUCGAGUUGAUGUGGGCAUAAAAGCAGUGCUAUCAAUGUGUGCUCUGUACAACAGUUUUUAAGAAUGAAUAUAUUAUUGACAGGCCUCAAAUUUUGAUGUUAUGUUAUUCUUUUAUGGCGUUAUGGUUCAUAAAUGUUUUGAGUUGACAAAAAGAAAAUGACAAAAUUAUUUUGACAUACUUCACAUGAACAUUUCUGUGAUCAUUAUUUUCAGGUUCAUCAAAGUUUGGGCCUAGUUGAAGCAGAUCACUGUUAAAAUUAUUGGUUGAAAGCUUUCCUGAAUAAUACUUUAUGAUCAUUCCAUGAAGUGAUGUACAUGUUUUCUUUACAUAGGAGCUAUAAGCAGCUGUAUCAGAAUCUAGAUUUACUCAAUCUGCUACAUGUUUAAGGCUGUUUAGAGUGGACAAUAAAAAGAAAUUCCUUCAUGGAUGAAAAUGAAGUUUGGUAUGUUUCCAAUUUCAGUGAAGCAACUAUGAUAUUACUGGAAUAUGAUAUUAACAAAUUGAUUGCAAAAAUUUGUUUUCAUUCAGAAAAAAUAUUGAUAAAUGUUAUGAUCCCUCCAGUUUAACAGUUAUUCUGUUGAUGCAGAUUGGCACAUGCAUUUCUACAGUAGUAACAAUAUAUUUAGACUGCCCAAUAUUCUCCACUCUUGAAACAUUAUGUGUAUAUAUUUUGAUUCAUUAUUUGAUUCUGUUCAAAUAUAUUAAUUACCUGAUGCAUUUCCUUGUGUAAAAAGCAGUACUUGUUAUUGUUACGUCAGAGAUCUACAACCUGUUUCCCAAUCACUGUUUAACUGGGUGGUUCCUCAUCAUUGUCGUAGCUAAUCAAACUCUUCCACUGGAUGAUAUACUUAGCAUAAUUAUACACUGCCUUCUUAGUGCACCAGUACAUGGCAGCAGCAGACUGGAUAGUUGUGUUCAUGGAGUUUCCAGCUGUGCAGUAUGUUACAACCGACAGGAACCUUUCCGCACACAAUUCUAGACUAGUUACUUGGAUACCAGUUUGAGAUGUAAUGAUCCAGGUUUUGGAGGGGGCUACUUUGUACCUAUACAAUAGCCUUGCAUUAUAUCUUAAGGAAAUGUAUGGAACCAAAAUAAUAUAUGAUUUACAAAAGAGAACGUUCAGUCUUGCUUGAAAUAAGAUUUGAAUAUUGACACAAUUUUAGGGAAUCUACAGUACAGCAAGAUAUGUUAGAAGGGAGAGUUUUAGAUAACAAAGGUGGCUGAAUGUUUGGUGGCAAUUCUCCCUUCAGUCCACUGGAUGGAAUACUUAUCAGAAGAAUUCCUAUUAGCUGAAAGCCCCAUGUAAAUCAUUGAAAUAUCCCAUGAACCCCAGGGGAAAGACGUUUGAGACUGUUUUGGUGACUGUGGUCCCUGUAGGAAUAGAACGCUGCAGUUGAAAGAAUCUGCCGUGUAUUGGUGCAAGUGCAGACAUUUUCCUAUGGUUGUUGUGUUGUGAGUACUGGCGUCGUCGCUUGCACCAUUGGUUGCAAGGGCCUCAUCAUAUCGGCUGUGAUCGGAGUUGGGCGUGGGUCUACGUUAUUGACAACGUAUUAUUAGGCACUGGGACUUUUUUUGUUGACUAGCACUGAGGUAGGCUAUAUUGCAGAUUGUGUAUGUGGAGAAGGUGUAGACCUUGGAAAUAAACCAUUUCAGCAA